AAUCAAACCGCCUCUCGAACUAUAUAUAGAGCAGAGCACCAACCAAAAGACCAAAGUGUUUCAGAGAAAAUUUCAGACUUCAGUUUGGUGUUAAGCUCUCUUUGUCUCGGCCUCUGAAUCUCUCUGAACUUUCUGAUGUGUUCGUGGAGGAGACGAGUUCUUGCCGUGUUCGUCGUCGUCAUCGUGGUGAUCAUGGCGGUCGCCGCUUCCCGUGCUGACGCGGCGAGGCCGGCGCCGGAGGAGGCGGAGGAGCGGCUGGUGGACUGCGGCGAGGGGGGAUACGAGUCGAUGGUGUACCCGGCGAUGGUGGAGAAGGCCAAGGAGACGGUGGAGCUGCUGCUGGCGAGGUUGCCGGCCGGACCGAGCCCCAAGGGACCCGGUCACUGAAGAUCAUAGUGAUUACAUGUUCUUUUUUUUUUUCACUUUUGUUCAUAGUUUGAUUUCUCAAAACAGAGAAACAAAAGAUAUUCUUUUUUACCUGUAUAUGAUAUCAGUAGGAAUACUGGAUGUAAUUAGACAGUGAAUUUACUGAUUGCUACGAAGGUUAGGAUUCUUUGAUAUGGCUGCUG